AUGUUACUUAUGUUAAUAGCUUAUGCGGGUAGCUAUAGCAUUGCUAUCAUUUCUGUACAAAAAUACUGUGAAGAUACUUUUCAGCUGGUCUCUACCAACACAACUUCAGCCAAAAAAGACUUAACAACUGCCGUGAUGAGUUUGAGAAAACUUGACAGCUUGCUUUUAUCAACGACUCAAGGUCCUUGUGAAAUUCAGCUUCACCUCGGUGACAUCACCAAACUUUCAGUGGAAGACAAAGUGGAUUUAAUUCUGGUUUCGGCGUUUCCAUGUGACUACACGGUUGCAUCUCAAAGCUUAAUCAAAAGCCUUUAUGUAAACCUGGGUUUAUCAGUUGAGAAAUUAUCACGGGACAAAUAUAUGGACCUCAGAAAAUAUUACUCCUGUUGGCUAUCGAAAACUCUACCGUCUCAUCUACCCUUUGCUCGACUGGCGUGUUUUGAAAGGCGAGGCAAUUAUGUAAACCCAAUCGAACAGAUUAAAGAUAUGUUUCGUGCUUUUAUGCCUAUUUUCAACUCACAAGACACAACGGUGAUAACUCCACUGCUUGGAGCUGGUUGUCAGAAUUUUGAUGAAAUACUUGUCCUCAACACAAUAAUAGAAGCGGCGUGCAAUUGGAUGAGAAUCGGUCUACCCCUCCGGUGCUUGAAGAUUGUUCUUUAUGACAAAGGCUCUAGCAAAAUUACGGCCAUAAACGAAAAAUGCAUCGGAGAGUUUGCAAAACUAAAGAAAAAAUGGGAAACACCACUGGUUUUUCAGAUGCUAAAGAAGAUUCACGAUGUUUAUAUUUCCUACAGCCCAAACGAUGCCGACACAGCUGAAAUGCUUGUUACACAUUUUGUGACGUCCAAUAAAACAAUAAAGGUUUUCUCGAAAAGAAUUCAGAACAAAAGCAGCAAAGUUUGGCCUGAACAUAUCAUGUCUGCAAUGUCUGGUUGCAAACGAGUUUUAGUAAUUCUAACAAGUUCUUACUUGGAAACAAAAGACUGCCUGGAUGAAUUUAACAUAGCCCUCUGCCACAAAAGACAAGCCAAGGAACUGAAACUGAUUCCACUGUAUAUCCAAACCUUGCUGAAUUUGCCACCAGUUAUAAGUAAUGUGCAAUAUAUGGAUUGCAGGCUAAAUGAAGGGGAAACACUAAGUGAGAAACUCUUGACUGUCUGUGAGAAACUCAUCACCGAGCUUAUCAUUGCUGUUUACAUUGACUUUGGUCUGCUUGUAACUAUCGAUCUAUCUAUGCUCAUUCAUAUCUAUCUAUCUAUCUAUCUAUCUAUCUAUCUAUCUAUCUAUCUAUCUAUCUAUCUGAUUCUGUCCAUAUCUACCUAUCUAUCUAUCUUGAGGACAUCAAUCUAUCUAUCUAAACCUAUUCUUAUCUAUCUAUCUAUCUAUCUAUCUAUCUAUCUAUCUAUCUAUCUAAACCUAUUCAUUAUCUCUCUAUCUAAACCUAUUCUUAUCUAUCUAUCUAUCUAUCUAUCUAUCUAUCUAUCUAAACCUAUUCAUUAUCUAUCUAAACCUAUUCAUUAUCUAUAA